AUGUCGUGCCUUGAAUAUGGCCAUGCGUCGGGAUCAAAAUCCUGGAUUUAUGGUGGAUUGGCUGUAAGAUUUUGUCAGGAAUUAGGUUAUUAUAAGGAAGAAACAAUGCGUGUCCCGAUACUUGCCGACGAUGGAUCUAUCGAUACUGUUGCUAUGGCAUUACGUCGAAGAGUUUUUUGGAGUUGUUUAUCUAUUGACAAAUUAUCAAGUGCAGGUACACACCGUCCACAGUGUAUUGAAAGAUCUGACUGUGAUACAAACACAGCAAGUAUCUCGGAAUGCCUUGUUUUAAGGGAUCCCAAUUUUCACAAGACAAUAGACGAUAAAUUGAUCACAGACGAUUCAUUGAUGGAUAUUGCUACACAUUACAUGAGGAUUGUGGAAUCGUAUGGUGAAGUCAACCGAUUUAUGAACAGAGCCAAAUCCAAUUCAGCAUCCAUUGUAUGGCCACCUAUUGCCGAAUUUAGAAACCUCGAUAUGCAACUUCGUUCAUGGAAAGAUAAUCUGCCGGAGACAUUUCAGUUCAACCAAAAGAAUUUGGACCAUCAUCGUAAAUUUGCUAGUGGUAAUUAUCUUAAUAUUUGGUUAUCCAGUCAUGCUGUAUGGUGUUCGAGUAUGAUGAUUUUGCAUCGUGGCAGUUUGGCCUUUAGUGAUAUUAAAUCCACAGACUCGAUUGCAGAAGAUUUAUACAGAAGAAUUCAAAAAAGUAUCGAUACAUGUCGCAUGUGCGUAGAUGCUGCUACGGGAAUUUAUGGAGCCAUUAAAGAUCUUUGUGGAUUUAAUACUUUACCUUAUAUGGGUUAUUCAGCCUAUGUAUUUGCCACAGUUCUCAUGACUUCCACCUUUUCUAGCACACCAGAGUCAUGUAGAAAGAGUAGCAGAAGCCUUAAAAUUUUGUAUGACCUCAUCGAUGGACUGCGACCUUAUUGGCCAAUGUGUGAAAGAUUAGCUAAUGCAACACGUGAACUUUUGUCUGUUCAUCAACGACUCUAUCAGGAACAGGGCGUUGAAAAUAAUGAAGUUCGAUACAAUACAGAAGUGAAAGUAGCGUAUCCUAGCCAAGUCUCGAUAAAGUCACGUUCAUCAAGUGCACAAUCCUCACCCAGUAUAUCCAUGUCGCCACUUAAUAUGCAUCGAACAGAGACACCACCCUUAUCCACACUUUUGGGUACAGUAGGAUCCGAAGAACCAGGCUGUAUAUCUCCUUAUCCUCAACCUCAACCACAACAACAUCGAUACAAGACAAAUGACUAUUAUAUGCCAUCCCCACCUCCUAAUACUAUGCCCAACUCACAACCUACGCUGUACGAUCAACAACAAAGACAGCCACAGUCGACAGCACUGGCAUCUACCUAUUCAAAUUGGAAUCGUGGAAACGAGAUUGAUUUUAAUAGUCUGGAAUUUUUAUACGAUACUGGGUUAUUUGGACAGGUUGUGUUUGAUGCCAAUAGUGAUCCAGCAACGGGUACAGUGGAUGGAAAUUAUCCACAACAAGCUACAUACGAAACCAUGAUGCCAACAUCACAAUCCUAUAUGCCAACUUCAAUUCCAUCCGCUCCUAAUCCUGCUGUAUUCCAACCUCUAUUGGCUCAGCAACAACAGCAACAACAAAAGCAGCAAGCGUCACCAACAUCCUAUAAUCCUUCAAAGUCAUUAUGGAAUUAG